AUGUAUUUUAAAUAUUUGACAUUAUUGUGCGCUGUUAUUGCUAUAGUACAUUCGAAAACAAUUAUAUUAGGUCAAAUUAUAGAUCAUAGUGGUAUUGUUAAGAUGUUUGAACAAAGAGUAGUGGAAAGGAACUCCAUACCGUUCUUCAAGCGGACAGAUGAAGAGAAGUUUUAUACCCCUGGACAGACAAUAAGAGGAAUCGCAAUGAAGGAUAUUGAGAAUGGACUAGCCGAACCCUCUGUGACUAGUGGUGGCUUAGGGUUCGAUUACGCCACUAUAAAAUUGAAGAGCGAAAGGGGGUCUGGUUACAAAUUUAUUUUGGAAAUUUAUGCUUCAUAA